GGGUUUCGACUUAGCUGCACUCUCUUGGCAGCGGUGAUCGCGUUUUGAUUUGCGGCUCAUUUCAAACAUGCACCGGAACAUCUACGUGAUUGUAACUUUGACACUAAGCAUCGCUUGUGUACGCUCAGAAGUUGACUUAAAAGAUGGCCCGACCAAACCCACACUAACUUCCUAUAACUCAAUUUCUACCACCGAAAAACCGGGAUCACUGGACUUCCAACAAAUUAAUCAAGCUUCCUAUUUCGGCCACCGAUUCCAACCCCGUCAAAAUCAGUACUUUAACUACCAGCAGCAGCAGCAGCAGCUUCAGCCAGUACAGUACCAAUACCAAGAGCUACCCAGAAGGCAGAUCCAAUUGCCGCAACAUCAGAAACCAAUACCAGUCGCUAUGGUGAUCAUAGCUCAACCAGCUAUAGUUCCCGCAAGCGCUCUACAGCCACAUAACAUGCAACAGCUUCUACAGUACUUUAGGGGUAACUCUUUAGCGAGGUACCAAUUGCUACACGGAAAUUACGCCCAGACACAACCACAAUACAGUUUCCAGCCUGUUCCAACCAAGCAGAUCCCUCACUAUACCAAAUACCCUUUCCAACAAAGUCAAGAAGCUCAGCCGAUUCAACAGGCGCAGCCAACUCAGCAGAUCCAAACGGAAGCUACACAGCAUCAAGAAUCUCCGGUACAAACGAGGGCACUUUAUGAUAACUCAGAACAACAACCAAUUUUGCCUCAACCAUUAAUCGGUCAACCGCCUAUCGCAAAUAGCAUAUCUCAGCCUCAAUACCAGCAACCGACUCAAACGGAUCAACAGGAAAAGCCUUUUCAGCUGAGCGAAAUCUCGCAAAUCGCCCAACAAGCUGCUCAACAUUUUCUCAUGUCAGGUGGUGUUUCUAACGCUGUCGAGGGAUCGAAAGGCUACAGGACUGCCCCGGCCAUAAUCACUGGAUUGGAGAAUUUCUCCCCCGAACAUCAGGAAAAAAUCAAAGCUCAGCUAAGUGCGCACUUCGGAGCACCAUUGCAGCCAUUUAAAGUUAGAGGUCAGAAGGGGAUGUUACCCAGCACAAGGUACUACCCAAAUCACAGACCCACCUACGAUGACAAUAAUUCGUCUAACGAGAGGGAAACGAGUAGGUCUAGCGAAGAAACAAAAUCUUAAGUAGAAAUUAUUACAAAUUGUUGUCUCACCCUUCUGAUGUUAGCUGUAUUUUUCUUAUCUGUACAAGACUGAUUAAUGUGCUGUAGUAAAACUUGCAGUAGGACCAUAUGUGUUUUCUGUUACAAAGCUAUUCUACCAUUCUUCAACCCCUUCUCAUUUUAUGGUUAAUUCUUUUAAGCUGUAGUUUUAGGAUUUGUUAUUUUGUUAAUAAAAAUAA